AUGCAGACGGACGACACGAUCGACCUUACAGGCGCACCAUUCGAUGCCAAAGAAGAGAAAUCCGAGAAGGUAUCCUUCACCGCGAAAGCCAAGCAGCACCUCACUGUCCACAAUUCACUCACGUCCAACGGAGUCAUCGUCCUGCAGGCCUCAUCAACAGGCACCACGAUCAUCCAACGGCAGGAAGGGCAACAGAGGAAGCUGCAGUUGGUCGACGCCAAGUCGCCCACGGAUCGCCGAGACUAUGUGCAAUAA